ACACACACACACACACGCGCACACGCACGCACGCGCACACACACACACACACACACACACACACAAACACACACACCUCAAAAUGAGUGCCUUAAAGGGUACUACGGAUCCAUUGACUUUCACUAGCUUAGCGACAUGCUCCCUCUUUUAACUUGUCUUAAAGCAAGACAACGGCUUACAUGAAAAAUAAGACACUUUAUCACCUUUAUAAACCCCAGCCAACGAUUUUAACUGUAUUAAGCCCCAAAAUAGUGGCAUCCCCCUUUAAGAUCAUGACAGUGGGAAUUUUCUGAUACCCAAGUGAUUAGAGGCUUCUCUUCACGGUACCACGGCAACAGUCAUACCAGGGAAACACACGGCACCACAGUAACCAAACUACUAUAUUCAGUGAGGGCCCUACUGAGGGACCUCACUGUUGUCAAGGUGACACCAAAUCCAAAUGACAAUCCAAAUGUCACUUUCUGUUUCUGUGACAAAUAGUCAUACCUUUCUUUAAGUCUUCUUUAUUUUUUGCAAAGAUGGGGUUGCGCCAAAACCAGACGCCAUCAGAAACACACUAUACUUCGUAUUGGGAGUGAGUAGGUUAGCACGGCCCUCGUGCUGGUAAUGACAGGUAAUGUGUUUUCAGAGGACACAUAGCCCAACUUUUUUUAGUAUUUAUUUUUCUUCCUCCCAUAUGUUUCUAAAGUGAAUGUUUUCACCCGAUUCUCUUUUGUGGCAUUUUAUCUAUUUCUGUGUACUUAGUUGGAACUUUGUCAUGUUAUUCCUUUCUCUUCCCUGGUAAUUUUUUAAUAUUGGACUUUUGGAAUGUUUGGCUGUUUACUUCUGUAUCAUUGUGUGUUUAACAUUAUCACAUCCUGUGGAUUUUCCAGGAUUUCUGUGGCAAAUAUUUGAACUCACUCCUCUGCACUUGAGUGAUCACUCCUCAACCUAACCUCUGGGUGAUCAAUGGGUUUUUAUGCCAGUGACUUGGUAUAUAUUGCUGACCCUACCUAACACAGUCACAGACACUGCUGCUGAACUACCUCUGCUAUUAAUUAGCCCACUGCUGCUACGGCCACUACUACUGGCAGUAAUAUACGGAGGGUUCUUAAAGUUUGUUUGUCACAGUGACUCUGAAGAUGAGGACCGCCAUCUCACUGCUGAUGCUGUUGUACUCCAUGUGUGCAGUCCAGACGGAGAGCCAGGGCACUGAGGCGGUUGCUGCUGAAGUCUCAACGCAAACGGACAGGUCUGCUGAAAUGAAGGAGCUUAGAGACAUGUUGGUGGAGCUGAGGGCGACACUGAAACACACUCAAGAGUUCUUGGGGGCCGACCGCAUGGCAGUGCAAGAAAGACUGACAGACACUGACAGAAAGGUGGCAAUUCUGCAUAGUGUGCUGGGUGCCAGCAAAGCAGAAAUGAAGACUGAGGUGGAUGACCUGAAGAGGGAAAAUGCAGCACAACAGGCGGAGUUAACACUAUUGAAAACAAGACUGGCUGCUAGUGAAGCCAAAGCGAUUAAUCUGAAGGUGGAAAAUGCAGAACACGGAGCAGAACUGACUGCAAUGAAGAGCAAAUUGGCAGCUACUGAGACAGAAGUGAAGAACAUGGAGAAAGAAAUAAAAUCAACACCCAAGGUGGCCUUCUCAGCAGGUUUGACAGACUCAAAAUUCAUAGUGGCUGGGAGUAAUGCCCUGAACCUGGUCCUCAGUCGAAUCAUCACGAAUGUUGGAGAGGCUUAUAACAACACAACAGGCUUUUUCACCGCUCCAGUCAGGGGGGUAUACUAUUUGAGGUUCACUGUUUUGGAUGUUUUGGACACACAGGAAAUGGGUAUUAGAAUGCUUAAGAAUGGACAGCAGCUCAUUUGGCUGAGCGAGUAUGACACUGAUGGAAUUGGCACAUAUCUGUCCAGUGGUUUAACUCUUCAGCUGGAGGAGGGUGAUGUGGUUAAUUUAGGAAUCCUGGCAAACUACAGGCUCUGGGAUAGCUCUAGUAAUCACUGCACCUUCAGUGGCUUCCUGCUUUUCUCUCUCUGAACAGAGUAAAGAAUCCGCCGGGGUGUCGUACGUAAUGUUGAUGUUAGAUUUUGAUGUUGUGUUGUGUUGUGUUGUGUUGUGUUGUCUUGUGUUGUGUUGUGUUGUGUUCUGUUAUGUUGAUGUAAGAAUGAAGAUGUUAAAAUAAACCCCUAUCAAAGGAG